AUGCAAUCUAUUUCAAGGCUCAUUAAAAUCACAUGUGUGCAUUGUUUAAUUAAACUGAAUCUCAGUGAACUCUACGUUUUGGUAAUGUCUGAUAAGCAUUUACGUUGUUGUCAGUCGUUGUUGAAAUGGGGAAAAUUCUUCUUGAAAACUUUCGUCAGUUCUCAUUUCACGGGUGGUGGUGGUGAAAAAAUAGUAAGCAGCGGGAGGAUGCUCUCUGGAGGGAAAUUCUCAUUAUCAGACACAAAAGGAAAUUCAUUUGGAUUACCUUAA